AUGGAGUAUAUUAACAGCGGAAAUUAUGAUUAUAAUAGAAAAUGUGCAAUUUUUGGACAUUUACAUUUAAAUCGCUUCCAAACCAAUGUGCCUGAAAAUUGUGCUAUCACUGGAGCUUAUCCUUUAUUUGACAGUCGGUUUUUACUAGUGCAAGUUACAAUAGACGAAUUAACAGAAAAGUUUGAUGGAAGAAAUGGACAGUUUAUCUCAAAGGCAACUUUUUAUUAG